UCGGUUUUUAUUCAUCCGAGUUCCCCGCUCACAAUUCGUUGCGUCUUCCACUCACACCACCAGGUCAGUCCUAGUGCCAUCUCCUCUGGGGAAAGGUAAGGCGUGCCACAUGGGUGUACAUAAUGUACUUGGGGAGCACGAGGGCAUGACUGCUCAGUAUCAUUGCCAUCCUAAGUCUUUGAAGCUGUCAAUACUCUUCUAGUCAUUCAACCUCUCGCAAUAUGUCGACCGCAACGACUGUGGGCCUCCAUCCCAAUCCCAUACUGACUAUCCCUCUCAUCUCCUCAUCUUUGACCGUCUUCUAUGCCGUCGUCGAAUCGACCGUACUCUUCCCCUUCCUGGCUGCCGCGAAGGAAGACCCUCUUGCAACCAACAAAGUAGUACGCCUCUGGUGGACCAACUUCCUCCCUCCGGGGCUCACCACAAUCUUCGGCAUAACCAUUCCCACCGUCGUCGGCGGCCUCUAUGCUCUCAGACACCUUCGAGAAUACAGUCUGAAAUGGAAAGUAUGUCUGGCCGGGUCUGUCUUCGCAGCAGGUCAUUACGCCUACGUCUAUUCCAUAUCUCAGACGAUCAAAAAUGUGAUGGAUGAAGAGGUGGAAACUAAGGGAACAACAAUCGAUCAUGUCAAAAGUUGGCUCAAAAUUCAUCUGUGGCGGACGCUGACCACGGAUCUGCCUGCGCUGGCUUGCUUUGGCUAUGUGGCAUUUGCCGAUGAAUGAACUAGAUACAAAAAGAAAGUUGCC